AUGGCCAAAGGAGACUUGGGGGGCAUGAUGGACCAGAAGAUGAACAUGAGCCACCACUAUGAUACUGCAGCUACCAAAGCAAUCAAAACCCUGGGGUCUCACACUCUCCAGUUCAUGUACGGCUGUGAGGUUGGUGAAGACGGCAGCACUAGAGGCUACAUGCAGGUUGGCUAUGAUGGGGGAGACUUCAUCAGCUUUGACCUGGGUAUGUGCACCUGGGUAGCAGGAACAACACUGGCCCAGGUCACCCAGCGCAGGUGGAAUGAGGAUAAGAUCCUUCUUCGGCUUACAAGAUCCUACCUGGAGGAGACAUGCAUUGCGUGGCUGCGGCAGUACCUGCAGCACGGGGAGGCAGCGCUGCAGAGCAAGCACCCCGUGGCAGAGGUGAGCCACAGGCCCUUGUCCCGGGACGGACGCACCGCCCUGUCCUGCCGGGUGCACGGCUUCUAUCCCAGGGACGUGGCCGUCGUCUGGCUGAAGAACGGGGAGGUGCAGCCGCAGGAGACGAGGUCUUCAUGGGUCCUUCCCAGUGGAGACGGGACCUACCAGACCUGGGCCACCAUCGAGAUCGACCCGAGCAGCAACCACGACUACACCUGCUGCCAGAAGUGA